AGACCUAAGUGUUUCAUGACUUGACAUGGUGCAAGGGGAGGGGGACGAUGGAGAAAAUAGGACCAGGGUGGGGGGUACACCCCCCACCAACAAAAUUAGUUUAGGGGCACUAUCCACUGAUUUGUACUGCUUCAGGAGAAAGUGCGUAGCAGAGGCUGUAAUUUGGGCUAAGAUAAGAAAAAGUGAGAAGAAAAGAAUGGGGAAAAGAAGGGCAAAGGAGAUCAAAAAAGAACAGAAGAAAGGGAGAAGAGUGAUGAGAAAAGAGAGAAGAGGAAGACAUAUGAAGAGGAUAUAUGUGAGAAAGAAACGCGGAACAGACCUAGAAUAUCAAGACAUAAUGGGAGCAUUUUUAGACAAGCCAAAGAUGGAAAAACAUAAUGCCCAGGGGCAGGGUAAUGGGUUGCGAUAUGGGCUAAGCAGCAUGCAAGGUUGGCGAGUUGAAAUGGAGGAUGCACAUACGGCUGUGAUCGGUUUGCCAAGUGGACUUGAAACAUGGUCAUUCUUUGCUGUGUAUGAUGGGCAUGCUGGUUCUCAGGUUGCCAAAUACUGCUGUGAGCAUUUGCUAGAUCACAUCACCAAUAACCAGGAUUUUAAAGGGUCUGCAGGAGCACCUUCUGUGGAAAAUGUAAAGAAUGGAAUCAGAACAGGUUUUCUGGAGAUUGAUGAACACAUGAGAGUUAUGUCAGAGAAGAAACAUGGUGCAGAUAGAAGUGGGUCAACAGCUGUGGGUGUCUUAAUUUCUCCUCAACAUACUUAUUUCAUUAACUGUGGAGACUCGAGAGGUUUACUUUGUAGGAACAGGAAAGUUCACUUCUUCACACAAGAUCACAAACCAAGUAAUCCUCUGGAAAAAGAACGAAUUCAGAAUGCAGGUGGUUCUGUAAUGAUUCAGCGUGUGAAUGGCUCUCUGGCUGUAUCGAGGGCCCUUGGGGACUUUGAUUACAAAUGUGUCCAUGGAAAAGGUCCUACAGAGCAGCUUGUCUCACCAGAGCCCGAAGUCCAUGAUAUUGAAAGAUCUGAAGAAGAUGAUCAGUUCAUUAUCCUUGCAUGUGAUGGUAUUUGGGAUGUUAUGGGAAAUGAAGAGCUCUGUGAUUUUGUAAGAUCCAGACUUGAAGUCACUGAUGACCUUGAGAAAGUUUGCAAUGAAGUAGUCGACACCUGUUUGUAUAAGGGAAGUCGAGACAACAUGAGUGUGAUAUUGAUCUGUUUUCCAAAUGCACCCAAAGUAUCACCAGAAGCAGUGAAGAAGGAGGCAGAAUUGGACAAGUACCUGGAAAGCAGAGUAGAAGAAAUCAUAAAGAAGCAGGGGGAAGGCGUCCCUGACUUAGUCCAUGUGAUGCGCACAUUAGCAAGUGAGAACAUCCCCAGCCUCCCACCGGGGGGUGAAUUGGCAAGCAAGCGGAAUGUAAUUGAAGCCGUUUACAAUAGACUGAAUCCUUACAAAAAUGAUGACACUGAUUCUACAUCGACUGAUGAUAUGUGGUAAAACUGCUCAUCUAGCCAUGGAGUUUACCUUCACCUCCAAAGGAGAGUACAGCUCAACUUCCUUGAACCUUUUAAACAUCCCUCCUCAACUUUAAAGAAGGACAUGUGUCAUGGGUGAGAGUGGAUCACACCAGAGAACUUCAGCAGUACAACAGCUAGCCCAGAACUGAUUUUUUUUUUUUUGUAAAUUUGAGACUUAUGUAAACGUGAUUUCAAACCAUAAUUCAUGUUGUAAAUCAGACUCCAGCAAUUUUUGUUGUAUGAUUUUGUUUUUUGUAAAGUGUAAUUGUCCUUGUACAAAAUGCUCAUAUUUAAUUAUGAACUGCUUUAAAUCACUAUCAGAGUUACAAAAAAAUGUUUGGCUUGUUGUGUGAUGCAACAGAUAUAUAGCCCUUUCAAGUCAUGUUGUGUUUGGACUUGGGGUUGGGACAGGGAGAGCAGCAGCCAUGUCAGCUAGGCACUCAAAUGUGCACAUGAUUAAGGAGAAGAAUUCCCAAAUCUUACAAAGCCGGACAUCCAGGGAGUUAACUGAAAACUGUCUUCAUGUUUUGGCAGUGGGGUUGGCACUGUUGAUAAAGCUGGUCCCUUCAUUUAACUGUCGUCUAGGUUGUUCUCUCCUUGUUGCCAGGAGUAUUGCAGGUAAUACAGUAUAUUCAUAAGAAUAUCAAUCUUGGGGCUGAAAUGCCUUGAUUCUUUGCACCUCUUUUCCGAGUCCUUACAUUGAAUUACUAAUUGAUAAGCAGCAGCUUCCUACAUAUAGUAGGAGACUGCCACAUUUUUGCUAUCAUGAUUGGCUGGGCCUGCUGCUGUUCCUAGUAAGGUAUUCUGAAUUCCAUUUUAUCAAUAAAGCUUGAUUUAACAAACAAGAAAUUUAAUCAUGUAUGUGUAAUUCCUCCUUUACCCCGCCCUUUUAAAACACCAUGCCAUUGUAAGUGAGAAGUUUCUCGUGGGGAAAGAUGUUUGUCUCUUUUAAUUGGGAAAUAAUGUUACUCACGGCACAGAUGGAACUGUUUCCCUUCCAUUAGAAAGACUAAAAGAUUUAAAUCUCUGUUGUUUCUUAAUCUGUUUUUUAAUGGGUUUCUUUCUGGCUGCUUAUUUUUCAUUCUAUGUGUAUCAGCUUGAAUUUGCCUACUGUUUAAUUAAAAUAAUUGUCAGAGCUUGACAAUCUAACACUCUAUAGUAGGGGUGUGCGUGUGUGUGGGUGGGUGUGCGCGUGUGUGCACGUGCGUGUGUUUGCCUGUGAUUUUUAAUGGACUCAUGUCUUUAGAAUCCAAGUAGUUAAGAUGUAUUUGUGAUUUGAAAUAGAGCAUGUUGCUAAUAUUUAGCUGUUGGCCUUUAAAAAUAACAUUCGAAGCUUAAGGAAUUGUAGAUAUAAAAAUAACCUAAUUUAAUUUAGGCUUAAAUUCCUCUGAUUAAGCAUGUGAAAGUAAGUUUUAAAAUCUGUCACGAUGAAAAGACUACUGUUUUGUGCCCUUCUGUAUUUUUGUCUCUUUAGGUUGAAUAUUGUAUUUAUUGCCGUGUAAUUUAAUCAUUCAGUAGGCAGAUUCCCCACUAGAAAUUAUUAAAAUGUCAGAUUACAAUACAACAUGGAAUACAAAAUCAAAACUCUGUGUAUAAAAGGUAGUAUAAUCAACUUUGUUACAUUUGUUUUUUCCCUAACUUGGAAAUAUACAUAUUUGUAUAUAUAGCCUUAAAACUAAUGUAAAGUUAGGGGAGUAGUGGGAAAAGUAAUGUGAAAUGUCUCAGAUUUAAGUAGUUACAUACCAGCAAAACCUUUUCAUUAUCCCCCUUAUUUGUGAGGCGAUUAAAUGUAAUUUAAUUGUAUUUAAUUUAUAUCUCAAUCCAGCAUGAAUGAAGAAAAACAAGUACUAUUUAUAUUUAGAAAUUCAUAAGUUGGAAUUACAGAACCAAUUCCAUACUUAACAAAUAAAUGCUCAGUGUCUAAAUCUGUGGUAGAGUGCGAAGUAUGAUAAUGUUCUAAGUUAUGGCUUUGCAAGCAUCUCAGUGUGCAUUUAAUGAAUACAAUGCUUCUAGUAUAGAGUGAUUACCAGACAUACUAGUACUGAAAACUAAAUUCCUAUUAUAAGCCAGGUUCUUAAUUUUUUAAGUAGACUGAAUUUUUUAGUUCUAGAAAUUGCAAAACUUCAAAUUGGAUUUUGAUCUGCAAAAUCAUAAAUCACAAGUUAAAAUAUGUGAUGGAGAGCUAUAUUUCAAACCAUAACAGCAUAUUUAGAGCUUUUUUUUUUGAGAGUUUUUAAAUAAAAAAGAGGAAGUUAAGCUAUUCCUCUGUUAAAAUUAUUAGUACUGAAAUGAAGCUUGGAAGUGAGAGAAAACUAUUAAAUGUUCUCUGAGAAGACUAAAUCUUUUCCACAUGAGUCAGCAUUGCCAUACUAGAUAUAACUUUUCAUUAUAAAAAAGGAAGUAUCCAUUAUUAUAGCAGACUAUGUGUGUUCUUGAUUCCUGGGGGUAAUGGUGGUGGUGGGAACCGACCACACGUUUAAAAGGCACUUUUGCACCUCUAUGGUGCACUUCAUUUUUGUACCACUUAAGUUCUUGCCCUCCCAACCCCCUUUUGUGUGCUAAUUAGCAUCUCAGGGCAAUGCCUCAAAAUUUUUCGAUGUGUUGUAUGUUAUUUUCUUUGGAGGGUGAAAGUUCUUUUGUGAUGAUAAUUUACCAUUCAAAAUGUACUUUCAUUUAAGUGUUUUCUUAGGAUGAACUCAUUUUGCUGCUUGUAAUAGGAAAUUCAUUUUGUGUAGCAGACUCUUAACCCUAACAUUAAAAAAUUUCACUGGUCUCUUACUGUCGUAGCAGUAAGCUCUCUUAAUUUCCACUUUGUUAAGGAAUAUACUUUUAUAGAUAACAGAAGCAGUUCUCAAUAUUAGCAUUAACUUUACAAAAUCCAAAUGGUAUUUUUCUUAUUUAGCUUUAGAACUAUUUCAAACAUUUUUAAUUAUAAUGCUUGCUUCUAGAGUACUAUGCAAUUAGUAUACUGCUCCAGCCACUUAUUUUUUAUUACUACAUUAAGAAAUUUAGAUUAAAGAAUAAAUUAUGUAAUUCAAAUAAUCUGAGUUAUACUAGCAUUUUUAAUGAUCAUCCCAUCUGACCACAUAUUAAUUCCAUUAAUCAGCUUUCCCACAAAACAUAUUGAGUGUUAUCUGCAAAACACUGUUCUAGGCGAAAUACCUUGGAACUAUAAAGAAAUGACUAGAUCCUUGCCCUCAAGGAGUUUACAUUUGAGUAGAAUUUAUAAUCUAACACAUGUUAAUAUUAUAGCUGAAUCACUCAUCCAAAAAAAAAAAAAAUAGCUGUCAUCCUCCUACUGUCUGCCAGAUAAUUUUCCUGAAUAAGGCAGGUCUCUCUGUCCUAAAAAGCUCAUUUAUGCUUCCAUUAUUCACUUGAAAACUCUUCCAUUUGUUUUCCUCUCCCCAAAGUUAAAAAUCUCAUUCAGAAGAAAAUUUUGCUCAGCAUAGUAAUAAUAUAGGACUGAUGAGGCUCAAAUCUAUUCAGUAUGCUUGACUACCUUUAACAAAUGGCCUUUUACUACUCCUGCUAUAAAAUUAGUUUCCUGCUAUAUACAGACAGCUAAAAUUUAAGAAAAAUUCUGUUUCUUUGAAACACACUGCCGUUAAUAGCUAGUUUUAGCCAAAUGAUUAUUAUGCAUUAAUUUUUGAAAAUAAUUUCACUGCCCAUCUUUACUGGACAAGUUCAUAUGUGAAUUCAAUUUGUGAUUUCUGAAAGAAGUGACAAAAUUGGUUACAGGUUUUCUUUUUUAAUUUUGAAUUUCAUGAUGUAUACUUUUAAUUCAUAAAAUUUGAAUUAGAGGUAUAAGCCUAUAAUGUUUUGUUAUUUGUACAGUAUUAUAUUAGGAUUUGGUAGUAGAAAAUAUGUAAAUAUUUCAGUACAUAAAUGUUUCUCUUUUGAGGUUUCUCUUUGAAGGAACCUUAAAGAGUUUCAUACUUUUGCUUGCAGAUACUGCCGGUGAGAUGACCAUUUUGUAACUGAGUGAUCUAGUCCUCUCAUUAGUUUUUCUUCUAGGCAUUAGGAAGAGUUCUUUAUAGUUUAAAACUUUAGAAGCAUAAUUUGACUUUAUUUUCUUCAAUAAUGUGCCAUGAGUUUUGGAUUGUAUUUUUAAAUUCUAUAUUACUUUAGAAUAUGCUUGAAAUAUUUAAGAUACAUUUUCUAAAUGUUGCGAGUAUAAUACUGUAUUGUUUUGUAGGUCAGAAUAGUUAAGUCUCAAGUGUUAGUUAUUACUGAUAAUCAGAAUGCCAUCAGAAAUGAUGAGAGGCAUUUGGUUCCACUUGAUUGUCAAAUGAACAUUUCUACUUUUGUUCACCUUCACUCAUUCUUUCCCUUUUACCUGCUUUAUGUAUUAACCUAGUGGCCUCUGCUCUCGUAUUUUUCUGGUUAUAUUACCAGCAGGUAGGAGUGCGCCAACUAGAAACACUCAGAUGUAUUGAAAUUAUAGUUGACUAACUUGCAUUUCAUUAGAUGGGGGAAAAUGUUGUUUGGAUUGAUGUAACAAAGAAGUGACUUUUUUCCCUCCCUUAUCCAGCACGAAAUGUUGCUUUAUUUCCUCUACUGCCCUCUUUGUGGUGGUUGUCUCUCUGUCUCUUUUUCAAACGUAAGCAGGCUGAUUCCAUUUUCUUGAGCAAGAGUUUAGGGCAUUACUUCACCAAGGCCAAUUUCUACUGUACAAAACUGGGCCGAAAAAAAGAAAAUUUGGGAGAUGCCAGUGAGGAGGACAGAGAGGAUUACUCUUAGUUGUUGUAAAAGCCAUAGAGAGAUCUUCCUCUAGCCAGGCUAUUAAGAACUGUUACAUAAACCGGCAAGAACCAACCUUUGCUUCUUCAGAUCAUUUGAUUUUCCAUCAAGGGAGAUGAUAAACAAAAAUACUGCUGCUUCAACUUAAAAACAGAAAAAAUAAAUGCAAAUGUUUAUUCACCACAAAACCCAAUCCUUCCGGUCUUUUAAUUGCUCCAAACCUCAGUUUCUACUAGCUUUCUCAUCGAAUUAAGUAUUCAGAAAAAUUUUAUGUUUUUCCUUUCUUUUCCAUAGUCGUCCUGGUCCAGUAGAAGACAUUGAGUAACAUUUGUGUUUGUAUUGUACUACCUGAAGUAAGAUUGGUGUAGGAGAUUGUAGCCACAGGACAAAAUUAGUAAUAUCUCAAUUAGGUAUAGUGAGUGCUACAAAUCCAUUUUAGGAACAAUUCUUAACUUUGUAGGUUCCCAGGCCCUUUGAAAAUGAUGAAUCCUAGGAACUUCCUUACCCAGGAAAAUCAUAUAAUGUACCUAACUCCCCAAAGUUUACAAUAUUGCAGGGGUUCAUCAGCCUUUUUUCCUGCAAAAAGCCCGUAAAAAAUAUUUCAAAGGUGUCAAAAUAAUUUGAGUAAUUUAAGGAAGUGUUUAACUUUUUGAGAGAGAGAGGAGGUGGAUGGGAGCCUAGGCUAGAAUCUGAUAUUAAAAUAACCUUUUUGAAGGUUGUAUUUUGGGGGAAAGGAGAGUAAUUAAAGGUGAAUAAAAUAAUCUUAUUUGGACCAGUUCUGGAGGAUAACAUCACUCUAAGUUUGCCACUUCUGAAACUCAACAGAAAAGAGGUAAGAUGGAAAUUGAAAGUUUGGAAUGUUUCUGACCUGCAUAGUGCAAAUAUAGUAUAUUCACAAGACAUUUAACUGUCUGAUCGCACUCAGGUUUUAAAAUUUUGAGCUUCCUAGUUUUAGAGUUCAUUAAAUGUUUAAUUCACUUCAGAUUCUAGGGUAUUAGGUAUUUACUUACUGAUACAUAAUGUUAAAAUAGGAUGUAACAUAUGGCCAUCAAUGUACAGGAUUAAUGGGAUUUCUACUAAAAUGUAACGACCAUGAAAAAACUGAUUAGCUUGUCUCAUUUGUUGCCCAAAUUGGAUGUUCAGUUACAGCUUAUUUAAUUCCCAUGUGUGGGAAUUUUGAAACAGAAACCAUUGUCUUGCUUGGUUAGCCCUUCACGAAGACAUCAGCAUAUCCGCAGGAAGUAUCUUGUUUGUAGUAAUAUGCCCCAAUAGUACUUGGUUUCACUCUUGAAAUGGUUUAUUUCACUUAAUUUGCAUAAAUGUUACAAGUGGAGAGUCCAUGUACAUGUUAAAAGCAUGUUGUAUUAUACAUAGAUUCGUUUUUUAAAAAUCUAUAAAUGUAAAACUAAUACAACUGCAGAAAUAUUUUUCCUAAACAGUGUAUAAUGAAAUUCUCCACAGUUAACUCACCCACUGUUUGCUGUUUAUGUGAUCCAAACUUUUAAAGAAAUUCCAUAAAUGUAUAUUUUGUAUUAUGUACCAUUUUCUUGGUCCAAAGAAGACAUGUGAAUUCAGUCCUAAUUUUAAGAAUGUACUUUUUGUUUUCAAGUCUGUUGAAGAAAUUGCAUUCAGCCUGUGAAUGGUUGCAGAUUGUAUGUGAGAUGAAAAGUAGAAAUAAUUUCUAGUUUGCAAAACUGGUGCCACUAAAUAAACAGGCAAUUGCAUAA